AAAAUAAAUCAAAAUCAAAUAUAUAAUAACGGAAAUACUAUGGGUUAUUUUAGCGUUGUAAAUUUUCAAUUUUGGGGAAAAUGGGGGCGCGGUAAUUUUUUUACAACAGAAACAAGCAGUAACAUAGUGGGCUAGGGUUUUUUACCGGGUCGCAAACCCGACCCGCGGAAAAGCCGAACAGCACUCGAAGCAGAACGGCGCGCCUCACGAUCAUCGAUCUUCCCCGGCGAAAACACGAUUUUCACCACUGGCGAACUCGGACAGGGCACAGAAGAUCGUGAACUCGUACGAUCUUACGAGACAGAUCGCGAUUUUGACUUCCAUGAACACAAGAGAUAGUUCUCUCGUUCUACUCAAGCAAGGAGCUGAAGCUAGGGUUUUUGAGUCUUCUUUUGUGGGAAGGAAAUCCGUUGUCAAGGAACGAUUCUCAAAGAAGUACAGGCAUCCAACUUUGGAUUCAAAAUUGACCCUCAAGCGCUUAAAUAUGGAGGCUAGGUGCAUGACCAAAGCAAGGCGACUUGGGGUUUGGACUCCUGUGCUGUAUGCUGUGGAUCCUGUGUUGCACACUUUAACAUUUGAAUAUGUUGAGGGCACUUCAGUCAAAGAUGUGUUUCUUGAAUUUGGGUCACAUGGUGUUAAUAAAGAGAGGCUGGAUGAUAUUGCAUUCCAAAUUGGUGAUGCAAUUGGAAAGCUACAUGAUGGUGGUCUUAUUCAUGGUGAUUUAACAACAUCAAACAUGUUACUAAAGAGUGAUACAAAGCAUUUGGUUCUUAUUGAUUUUGGUUUGAGCUUCACUUCAACUCUACCUGAAGACAAGGCUGUUGAUUUGUAUGUUCUAGAAAGAGCUCUUAUUGCAAUGCAUUCAUCAUGUGGGAAUGUGAUGGAUCAGAUACUUGCUGCAUACAGGAAGUCAUCAAAGCAGUGGUCAUCCACAUUGAACAAGCUGGCACAAGUGCGACAAAGAGGACGGAAGAGGAUCAUGGUUGGAUGAAUCUUUAUCGAAUUUCAUUAGAGAUAUAAAAGAGAUGACAACUAAGGAUGUUAUUAACAUAGUGUAAUUUUUCUUUACAUUGCCUCUCUAUUUGCAUAUUUGUAGUAUGGUUAUCUCUUCUUACAGUUUAUAAAAAAUGCGAUGACUUUUGAACUUGGUUUA